CCCUGUUGGGUUUCUGGGAAGCGGGGAGCCGGGGCGGCAGGGUGAGAAGCGACGGGCGGGGCUGGAAGUAGCCGGCUGCCGCUGGGAGUAUCCCGACGCGGGGGACCUUCAGGCUCAGCGGGACUAGCGGCAGCAUAACGGUCAUAAUGGUAUCCAUCCCUGAAUACUAUGAAGGAAAGAAUGUCCUCCUCACAGGAGCUACUGGCUUCAUGGGAAAGGUGCUUCUGGAAAAGCUACUAAGGUCCUGCCCUAAAGUGAAAGCAGUUUAUAUAUUGGUGAGACAUAAAGCAGGACAGAUGCCUCAAGAACGAAUGGAAGAAAUGAUCAGCUGUAAGCUCUUUGACAGGUUAAGAGAUGAACAGCCUGAAUUUAAAGAGAAAAUAAUAGCAGUUCCUAGUGAACUUACGCAGUCUGAACUGGACCUUAGUGAGCAGGACAAAGAAAAGCUCACAGACUGCAUUAAUAUUGUAUUCCAUUGUGCUGCUACAGUCAGAUUCAAUGAAACACUGAGAGAUGCUGUUCAGUUAAAUGUGAUUGCCACACAACAGCUCAUCAUCUUGGCCCAGCAAAUGAAGAAUUUGGAGGUGUUCAUGCAUGUUUCAACAGCAUAUGCUUAUUGCAAUCGAAAGCACAUUGAAGAAAUCAUAUAUCCACCCCCUGUUGACCCCAAGAAACUGAUAGGUUCUUUGGAGUGGAUGGAUGAUGGUCUAGUGAAUGACAUUACUCCAAAACUGAUAGGAGACAGACCUAAUACUUACACUUAUACAAAAGCCUUAGCAGAAUAUGUUGUGCAGCAGGAAGGUGCAAAAUUAAACAUAGCCAUUAUACGGCCAUCAAUUGUUGGUGCCAGCUGGAAGGAGCCUUUCCCUGGAUGGAUUGAUAACUUUAAUGGGCCCAGUGGUCUUUUUAUUGCGGCAGGAAAAGGAAUUCUUCGAACAAUAAGAGCCUCCAACAGUGCAGUUGCAGAUCUUGUUCCAGUAGAUGUAGUUGUCAACACAACACUGGCUGCAGCUUGGUAUUCUGGAGUUAAUAGGUAUAGCAGACCAAGAAACAUCAUGGUGUACAAUUGCACAACAGGUGGCACCAAUCCUUUCCACUGGGGUGAAGUUGAAUACCAUGUAAUUUCCACUUUCAAGAGGAAUCCUCUCGAACAGGCCUUCCGACGGCCCAAUGUAAAUCUAACCUCCAAUCACCUUUUAUAUCAUUACUGGAUUGCUGUAAGCCAUAAGGCCCCAGCAUUCCUGUAUGAUAUCUACCUCAGGAUUACUGGAAGAAGCCCAAGGAUGAUGAAAACAAUAACCCGUCUUCACAAGGCCAUGAUGUUAAUAGAAUACUUUACAAGCAAUUCUUGGAUUUGGAACACUGAGAAUGUCAAUAUGCUAAUGAACCAACUAAGCCCUGAAGACAAAAAGGUGUUUAAUUUUGAUGUUCGACAGUUACACUGGGCAGAGUACAUGGAGAACUACUGUAUGGGAACUAAGAAAUAUGUACUGAAUGAAGAAAUGUCUGGUCUUCCUGCAGCUAGGAAACACUUGAAGAAGUUAAGGAACAUACGUUAUGGCUUCAAUACAGUCCUUGUGAUCCUGAUCUGGCGUAUCUUUAUUGCAAGAUCACAAAUGGCAAGAAACAUCUGGUACUUCGUGGUUAGUCUGUGUUACAAGUUCCUCUCCUACUUUAGAGCAUCCAGUACUAUGAGAUACUGAAGAGAAGAAUUUUAGCAUUAGGACAUCUAUGCAUAUGGUGGUCUAACUGCACAAAGCCUGUAAAAUGUACUUUGUCAUCUCAUCUUUUGUAAAAACAUGAAAUCAUCUUGGACCUGGAGUGUGAAAUAUACAGUACGGUAUAUGUAAUGUUUAAUUGUGUAUUCCAUGAAAACUUAGAAAAUAAAACAGUUGAAUACUGGAUCAAAUUGGCAUUAGACAAAUGUAUUAGUAUUACAAACAAAAAUUUAUCCACAGCAAGUUUAACUCUUUGGCCUGGGCAGAAACAUUUGGAUUAUUGAUCAAUAUAACUGUGCAAUUCUGGAAUGCAUUUGAUUGAAAUCUGCCUUAAAAAUUAACGUCUGGUUUUAAUUUUUACUGUAAAUAGGCACAUUCAGUAAGAACAAAAUAUUGACUCAAUUUGUAGAUCUAUUUAUUGGAGACUCUCCUAGAUUAGUGACUUUUGUGCCCUUACAAACUCAUAUGAGUGACUGUGGAUCUUCGUAAAUUACUGAUAGCUCCUUAAUGUUGUUCUGUUCUUGACUUCUAUCACCUUUCCCUCACUUCCUUCCUCAAAGAUGGCAAGGAUAUGAUGAAGACUCCUUCAUUAAAAGAAAUGCAUCUCUCUUAAUUGAAAGGCUAGUUGUCUGAUCUAGUCUUCAAAAUGCACACACCGAUUAUUUCUGCCCUUAUACACUGUCAUGAAAUUCCCAUUAAAGUUAAUCGAACCAUUUGCGUGUCUGCAGCAAAAUCAAUCCUUGUAUUGAAAAAAGAAAUAAAAGAAAAGGAACAAUAACCGUGAAAAGAACAGAGAUGCAAGCUGUUGAAUUUCUUCGCCCUAGGUGAUGGCUAGAUCAGGAACACAGAGACAAUAAUUACACGCCUAGUUCAAGAAUAACCUCUCCCAGAGGAAUUUCCAUAGUCUUUGCUACUAUUUAUAUUAGUCAUAGAAUAUAUUUUAAGUUCUGGUUGGCUAAAACAAAUUCUAUAUUCUCUGUCAG